AUGACGGCCCCCCGCGGUGUGAGGCUGGCGCUGGCCUGUGCCGCACUCCUCGCGCGGGCAUCGACGGCGCGGCCCGGCGCGGCGCUGCCUCCAGCAGAGGAGCACGCGCGCGCCCCCGAUCCCUACGACAUGUUCGACAACUCGCCGAUCCUCCUGCUGAAAGCCUGUGGGCAGGGAGAGCAGGAGCUGCUGAUGGGCGAGAUCGAGGAUCACCCUUGCACGCUCAUCGACCAGGUCGGGAAGGAGGGCGCGUGCUCCGUGACGGCCGUCAUCUGCCCGAAGCCGCUGCACUUCGAGCAUGCCGUCGCCGAGGUCUUCAAGGACGAUGCCGGAGCGUACCUGCGAGGCGCCGGCCUCCCGCGGGCUUGGGACCGCCGCUCUCAGAGGAGCGACGAUUUCUACGCGCAGUGGCGCAGCUACGACGACAUCCUCACCAGGCUCCAGGACGUGGUGGAUGCCGCGCCCGGCGUGGCCGUGCUGGAGAGCCUCGAGCCGGCCACCCACGAGGGGCGCGUGAUCAAAGCCGUGCGCAUCCGUGACCCUGCAUGGGCGCCAGGGGCACCGAGGAUCGUUGUCAAUUCCCUUCUGCACGCCCGCGAGUGGAUCGCGUCGAUGGUCGGCACUUACCUGGCGGAGUACUGCGUGGACAAGAAGAGGAGCGACCCGAGCUGGAUGGCUGGGAUGGAGCUCGUCAUCGUGCCAGUUGUCAACCCAGAUGGGCUCGUUUACUCACAAACUUCGAAUGCGAUGUGGAGGAAGAACAGGGCCGUGAACGCGGGGUCUUCCUGCCGAGGUGUCGAUCUGAACCGCAACUGGCCCAAGGACUGGAACGGCGGCGAGUCGACGUCCACGAACCAGUGCAGCGAGACCUACGUGGGUCCCUCGUGGGCUUCGGAGCCCGAGACGCAGGCGCUCGGGGCUGUGCUGCUCGAGGCCCCUGUGAAUCUGCACCUGGACAUCCACUCCUAUGGAGAGAUGAUCCUGGGACCCUGGUCGUACACGAACGCCGAUCAUCCCGACAAGGCCACAAUCGACGCCAUUGGAACGGCUAUGCAGAGCGCCAUACAGAGCGUCAACGGGAAGUCCUACCUCUACGGCACCGGCGAUGCGGGCGGAGCGCUCUACCUCGCCUCCGGCGUUGCGCCCGAUUUGUCCACCCACUUGGGCGCUUACGGCUACACGAUCGAAUUGCCGCCUGCCAACGCAUGGGGCAGUGCUGGUUUCCAGCCUGCCACUUCGGAGAUACUCCCAGCGUGCACCGAGAUCUUCGAGGCCGUCAAGGCGAUGGUGGAGUGGUUCAGGGUUCAGGAUCCGACUCCAGCUCCCCCACCGUGCCUCCAACACCAGUGCCGCCACCGACGCCAGGGCCGAUGUGUGGCGAGAAGGGCCCCGACGACACUUCCUGGAACACGCGACGCGGCGAGCGAAUCGUGGGAGGGCAAGACGCCACGCCAUGCGAGUGGAAGUGGCAAGUCUCCCUCGCGCACCCGAGCUGGGGGCACUUCUGCGGUGGAACUCUGA